AUAAAUUUAAAGUAAAAUGUAUUUUAUAUAUUUUAUUUAAAAAAAAACUCUUUUCGGAAUACAUUUAAAUUACCCCAAAAUUACCAUGGAACAAAAUAAAGGUAACGAAAAAGCUGAAGGCGAACAAAAUGAUGUUGGUGAAAAAGCAGCUGGUGAUAGCGAAGAUGUUAAAAUUGGGAUUAUCGGAGAAUGUGGGCUCGAUACACCCGUUGUCCUAACAAAUAGGCAAGAAUGUGCCGUAUGUACACCAUUCGGAAAGCCUUCAGAUAUUAUUAUUGAAGGCAAAAUUGAAAAUUGCAACUGUGCCCUACUAUCACGUAACGGACGUCUCCAUGACAUAAUGCCAACUAAUGUUAAUUACAGAGCUAAUAUUUGGGCAAUGCGUAAAUUGGGAUGCACACAUAUCUUGGUUACACACACCGUCAGCUCGUUGCGUGAGAGUAUUCAGAGUGGCGACAUUGUUGUACCGCACGAUUUCAUUGACAAUACAACAAAACGUUGUCAAACAUUCUAUGACGGCGCUGUUGGCAGCCCAUUUGGCGUCUGCCACCUUCCCAUGUAUCCUGCAUUUUGUGAUCGUACACGUCUUCACCUUAUUAAUGCAGCCAGAGAACUGAACCUGCCCGUCCAUUCCAGAGGAACCGUUCUGACGAUAGAAGGACCUCGUUAUUCUACCGUUGCGGAAAACAGCCUGUACCGGAAUUGGGGAGCUGAUUUGCUGAGCAUGACGCUAUGCCCGGAAGCCGUAUUAGCUAAAGAAGCUGGUAUUCUAUACGCAUCUUUGAGUUUUGUGACCAACAAAGAGUGUUGGUGUACGAAUCAGCCUAUUGCAACAACUCACGAAAUAAUAUAUACAUUCAAAAAGCAAGUUGAAAAGGUUCAACAGGUUUUAGUUAAAACCAUUCAAAGUAUUUCAAAAGAAGAUUGGACUGAAGACAUAUUAAAAGCUAAGAUUUUGGUGUGCAGCAAUUUCUCAAACCGCAACGAAUUGACUUAGGAAAAUUAAAAAUAACAUCUUAUAUUUGGAAUUAAUACAAAUAUCAAUAUUUCGUCGCCAUUGUACCGAGUAUGGUAUCUAAAUUUCUUCUUGGUGUUUCUAUAUUAUUUGGACGUUGGUAAAUUUUCAUGUGUACAAAAUCUUUUUUUCUUCAAUUAAAUCCCUGACGAAAUGCUUAUUU